GUCCAGACAGGCGGAGGGUACAGACUUAGACUGUAGCUGGCCGCGGCGGAAGAUGGCGGAGCUGCGCGCGCUCGUGGCUGUCAAGAGGGUCAUCGACUUCGCGGUGAAGAUCCGGGUGAAACCCGACAAGACAGGGGUGGUCACUGAUGGGGUGAAGCACUCCAUGAACCCCUUCUGUGAGAUUGCUGUGGAGGAGGCUGUGAGGCUCAAGGAGAAGAAGCUGGUGAAGGAGGUCAUCGCCGUCAGCUGCGGCCCCGUGCAGUGCCAGGAGACCAUCCGCACGGCCCUGGCUAUGGGUGCGGAUCGAGGCAUCCACGUGGAGGUACCAGCUGCAGAGGCCGAGCGUGUGGGUCCCCUGCAGGUGGCUCGGGUCCUGGCCAAGCUGGCUGAGAAGGAGAAAGUGGACCUGGUGCUGCUGGGCAAGCAGGCCAUCGAUGAUGACUGUAACCAGACGGGUCAGAUGACAGCUGGACUUCUGGACUGGCCACAGGGCACGUUCGCCUCCCAGGUGACACUGGAGGGGGACAAGCUGAAAGUGGAGCGGGAGAUUGAUGGGGGCUUGGAGACCCUCCGCCUGAAGCUGCCAGCCGUAGUGACCGCAGACCUGAGGCUCAAUGAGCCCCGCUACGCCACCUUGCCCAACAUCAUGAAAGCCAAGAAGAAGAAGAUUGAGGUGAUCAAGGCCAGCGACCUGGGCGUGGACAUGAGCUCCAGGCUCACCGUGGUCAGCAUGGAGGACCCACCGCAGCGCGUGGCUGGUGUCAAGGUGGAGACCACUGAGGACCUGGUGGCCAAGCUGAAGGAAGUAGGGCGGAUUUGAGUGCCCUCCAUGAAACGCAGCAAUAAAGCUCUGACUCUUAAGGUCUGUGUGCACUGCCGCAUU